CAUCUGAUUGGUUAAUUUUAUUUGGAAUUUUGGAAGGCGGGAAUUGUUUAACUUUAUUUUCGCCGCAUUUUUCUGGCGGGAAAUGUUAAGAAUGUUUUAAGAUUUUGCGGCGAAAAUUUUCCCUCUUUGUCAAUAAAAUACGUUUUACUCUCUUUCCAAUGAAAAUAUGAAAUAAUGAGUUUGAGGUUAAUUGUAAUAAGUAUUAAGUAUGAAUAUGAAUAAUUAUAUAGUUAAUUAUAAUCAUUAUAUGUGGCGAAGACGAACUUUAUUAGCAUUAUUAUAUUUAAAACAUGGAUUUACUAGUAAAGCCCAAUGUAAACGGUUUUGGGUUAGAAACAUAUAUUUAAAAAGAAAACAACAAGGAGAUUUUCAUAAUUUAAUACAAGAAAUGCGAUUAAGUGACAAAGAUAAGUUUUUCAAUUACUUUAGAAUGUCCAGUGAACAAUUUGAUAUUCUUGUAAGUAAAGUCAAGCCCGAAAUUGAAAAAAUGUAUAUAUCAAGAGAACCUAUUUCACCUGCAGAAAGACUGUCUGUGACUCUACGAUUUCUAGCUUCUGGGGAUAGUAUGACCUCUAUUAGUUAUGCUUUUCGCCUAGGGAAAACGACAAUUUCUAGUAUAAUAAAAGAAACAUGUAUCGCAAUCUGGAAUGUUUUGAAGAAUGAUGUAUUUUUAAAACCUUCUGAAGAAGAAUGGUUGAGAAUUUCCCAAGAAUUUGAAAACCAAUGGAAUUUACCUCACUGCAUUGGCGCUAUCGAUGGCAAGCAUGUUGUUAUUCAAGCACCUCCACAUAGUGGUUCCGAUUUCUAUAAUUACAAAGGAUCGCAUAGUAUAGUACUAAUGGCUGUUUGUGACGCAUCAUACUGUUUUACCAUCGUUGAUAUUGGGGCAAAAGGAAGGCAAAGUGAUGGGGGUGUUUUCCGACAUAGCCAAAUUGGACAACAAUUAGAAAAUGGUACCUUGAAUAUCCCACCACCAAGUAAUAUUUCCAAUGAUGACAAUGGAGAGCUGAUUCCCUAUUAUUUAGUAGGAGAUGAAGCUUUUCCUCUUACACAUUACAUGAUGAGGCCAUAUCCUGGUAGACUACUAUCCCAAGAAAAGAGGAUUUUCAAUUAUAGAUUAAGUCGAAGCCGUAGGGUUGUAGAAAACGCCUUCGGUGUGCUAGCAGCACGUUGGAGAAUUUUUAGAAAACCAUUAAUUGCAAGUUUAGAAACAGUAGAAGCUGUUGUUAUGAGCACUAUCUGUUUGCAUAAUUUCUUAAUGAGAAAAGAAAGUAAUAUUUCUGAGGAUAGAAGACGUUAUUGUGAUUUUUCUUAUGUAGAUCAUGAAGAUGCUGAUGGCAAUUUUAUUGAAGGACAAUGGAGGGCUGAAGGCCAGUAUAAUAAUUUAGAAGAUGUUCAUCGCUUGGGCACAAAUACCUACACAACAACAGCAAGUUCAAUUAGAGACAGUUUGGCAGCAUAUUUUAUGUUUGAUGGUGCUGUAGAUUUUCAGUGGCAUAUCCAUUGAAUUAUUGAAUGUUUAAAUACUUAUGAACACAAAUAUACUUACUCUUCAUUGUC